AUGGCAACGCACACCGUGCAGAACCUCAAAGAGAGCAAGGACAGAUAUGCAUCGACAUUCAUAUCCGGUUCCCUCGCUCUGCCACCAGCGAAGGAGUAUCUCGUCCUAACCUGUAUGGACGCUCGUAUUGAUCCAGCUGCUGCCUUUGGGAUCGACCUCGGCGACGCUCAUGUCAUCCGUAAUGCUGGUGCGCUUGCUCAAGAUGCUUUGCGCAGUAUCGUCAUUUCUCAGCAGUUGCUCGGCACUCAAGAGAUCCUUCUCAUUAAGCAUACUGGAUGUGGAAUGUUGAUAUUUCAGGACGAAGAUGCGUGUGGCGUUGUUAAGCAGAAUCUAGGGGAUGAGGCUCAUCAAGAGCUAAGAACACGAAACAUUCAGUUCGGGCCUUUCCCAAACCUGGAGAAGGCAGUUGAGGAUGAUGUUGCGCUUUUGAAGAAUAGCAAGCUUGUUUCUGAUAGCAUUGCGAUUAGUGGGUGGGUUUAUGAGGUUGAGACUGGAAGGGUGAAGCAGAUCGUUUAG